GCCGCUGGCGAGGCCGCCCUCGGGCAAGGGGCGCUUCGGGGGACUCCCGGCAGAAAGAGACGGUCUUGACAGGGGCGGCAUCGGAGGUUGCCCGAGCCAGGGACGAGGCUGUCAUCCUCCCCCGCCUCUGCUUCGUCCCGUUCCCUGACGUUAAAUCCGCCCGAGGGCUGCGGCUUCCCCCGCGUGAGCGCAAGCCUUUUCUCGGCGGCUCCGGGUUUCCAUUUUGGAUGGUGUAGCAGCUUUUCCAUAGCCAGGGCUCUUCCCGCAGAGACCCCCGAAGCGGGCGCUCCGAGAGAGAGAGAGAGAGACACACACACGCACAGAGGGAAGUUCGCGGAGAAGCCCGCCCAGCCUCCCCUCCGGCUCACCUCACAAACAAGCCAGGCGGAAAGUCGCAAGAAGCUGCCAAGGAGGAGCGUGACUGAGAGACUCGCCUGGAGGAAAAGAGGAGGCGGAGGAGGCGAGGAAGAAGCGCCUUUGCCCUCCCAUCUUCCGUCCUGACCGCCUCCCCCUUUGCUUGAAUCCACCUUCCCUCCGCCGCCCUCUCUCCUUCCUCGGAAGCGCCCAGGGGCUGCAAGAGCCGCACUGAGAGGAUGGCGUCCACCGCAACCUGCACCAGGUUUACCGACGAGUAUCAGCUCUUUGAGGAGCUUGGAAAGGGAGCUUUCUCAGUGGUAAGAAGAUGCCUGAAAAUCACUACGGGACAAGAAUAUGCUGCCAAAAUUAUCAACACUAAAAAGCUGUCAGCAAGGGAUCACCAGAAAUUAGAGAGAGAAGCUAGAAUCUGUCGCCUUUUGAAGCACCCUAAUAUUGUGCGACUUCAUGAAAGCAUAUCAGAAGAAGGAUUUCAUUACUUAGUCUUUGAUUUAGUUACCGGAGGCGAAUUAUUUGAGGACAUUGUUGCAAGAGAAUAUUACAGUGAAGCAGAUGCAAGUCAUUGCAUUCAGCAGAUCCUGGAGGCUGUGCUACACUGCCAUCAGAUGGGCGUAGUCCAUCGGGACUUGAAGCCUGAGAACUUGCUUCUAGCAAGCAAGUCAAAAGGAGCAGCUGUAAAACUGGCAGAUUUUGGAUUAGCAAUUGAAGUGCAGAGUGAACAACAGGCCUGGUUUGGCUUUGCUGGUACACCAGGAUACCUUUCCCCUGAGGUGCUACGAAAAGAUCCCUAUGGGAAGCCAGUAGACAUGUGGGCCUGUGGUGUUAUACUCUAUAUCCUCUUGGUGGGAUACCCUCCCUUUUGGGAUGAAGAUCAACAUAGACUCUAUCAACAGAUCAAAGCCGGUGCUUAUGAUUUUCCUUCACCAGAAUGGGAUACGGUGACCCCAGAAGCAAAAGAUCUUAUCAACAAAAUGCUUACAAUCAAUCCUGCCAAACGCAUCAAUGCAUCGGAGGCCCUCAAACACCCAUGGAUCUGCCAACGCUCUACUGUUGCUUCUAUGAUGCACAGACAGGAGACUGUAGAUUGUUUGAAGAAGUUCAAUGCAAGAAGAAAACUCAAGGGAGCCAUUUUAACAACAAUGUUGGCUACAAGAAAUUUCUCAGCAGCCAAGAGUUUAUUGAAGAAACCUGAUGGAGUAAAGAAAAGGAAGUCCAGUUCGAGUGUUCAAAUGAUGGAAUCAACAGAAAGUUCCAACACAACCAUUGAAGAUGAAGAUGUAAAAGCUCGUAAACAAGAGAUCAUCAAGGUUACUGAGCAGCUGAUAGAAGCCAUCAAUAAUGGGGAUUUUGAAGCCUACACGAAAAUCUGUGAUCCUGGUCUUACCUCAUUUGAGCCUGAAGCUUUGGGAAAUCUUGUAGAAGGGAUGGAUUUCCAUCGGUUUUACUUUGAAAACGCUUUGUCGAAAAGCAACAAGCCAGUCCACACCAUUAUCCUGAAUCCCCAUGUCCAUCUGGUAGGGGAUGACGCUGCUUGCAUUGCAUAUAUCCGACUGACUCAAUAUCUGGAUGGAAGUGGAAUGCCCAAAACAAUGCAGUCAGAAGAGACCAGGGUUUGGCAUCGCCGUGAUGGAAAAUGGCAAAAUGUUCACUUUCACCGUUCAGGAUCACCAACAGUACCUAUCAACUAAAUGUCAGCCCCACCCAUGUUGUGUCCACGCACUCCGCACUUGGUUGGCUCCCCCGGGCUAUCCUCUGGCCCUCUUCAUGCAUGUUCUCCGAGUGCAUGAAGCUGUGAAGUUUCUUCAAGUGAUAUGUUUAUGAUUGCAUCAUUUUGUUGUAUAUUCCAUUGAUAGCUUUUGUUUAACCUUCAUUGAAGGAAAUGUUUCAUGGCAGAUAGAAGAAGAGGUACAAGAAUAAAGGGUAAAGGGAAAAAUUGAAAUGCGAGAGUAUGUUCAGAUUAUACAUCUCCAGCAAAAAUACAAAUAUCAUCUGCGUGCGCACCCUAUAAAAACAAAGGUUAAAAAUAAUUAACUUUGUUUUAAUUUUUAUUCUUUUCCAAGUCAUUUGUUUUAAAGGUUGUUGCCUAAUGAGGAUUUAAUGAAAUUCCUACUAACAGCAUCUUUAAUGUAGGAUGUAUGGUAGACAUAGUGACAGAUCAAAGCAUUUCUAUAGGUUUGGGAAGUUGCCUUUGCUGUGAUUCACUAUGUAUAACUGGAAAAAAAAAGAGGACAAAAUUUGCAGAUUUGACUUCAACAAGAAUAAUUGUCACUGCUGUCAUUUGUUCAGCAAAUGUAAUGGCAAAUAGUUUUUUCUUUCUUUUCUAAUUGCUUAUUUAGCACCAUUUUUAGGGGGAAAAAUAGCAUUUCUAGCUUUCAGAAGCCAAACAGUGAACAGAUUCAAUGUAGCUUCUGAUGAUUUAGCUUAUGGGUACAAUAAAAACUUUUUUUAAUCAUUUUUUUGGAUGUACAGUAACAUUUAUUAAAGCAAGAUAUAGAGGAUUUUUUAACUGAUAUUCUAAUAAGAGAUGUAGCAAUCUAGAACAAUUAGGUCUUAAAAGCUUAGUAUCAGAAGUCUAAAUUUUUCUUUGUAUCAAUUUAUUACCGGGAAACGCCUGUUUUCUAAUAAUGUUGUCAAAUUUAACAGCAAUUUGUCCAUUUUUCAUGGCUUGUUGACAGCCUUGAAAGUAUGAAAUAAAACAGUAAUUAUAGAUUUAUUAAUUUGUUCAUUUUCCUACAUGUCAAAUGUCCCUUGAAUGUCUAUAUACCUGCAUAUAUACCUGCAAAACAAGCAGUUAAAACACAUUAUUUGAAUAAUAUUUGUUUGCUUUUCUUGUAUAAAUAUAAUAUUAUAUUUCCAAAAGUACUGCUCCUUCUAUUUCAGUUUUUUUUUAAAUGUAUUAAUACUUUUCUUUCUUAUUAAAGUAUUUUUCUUUCAUUAAGAAGGGCAAUCAAUUUUCUGUAACACUGUAUAUCGCAUGAUAUUUUGAUUAAUAUUCUUUUUGGUAAGUAAAAAUUUACAACUUAUAACAGCUUGAAAAUUUUUAAAGACAGAGGAAAAAAAGUCCCAAUUUGUAUAACUUUCAUUUCUCUAUACUGAUUAUUAAUCAAAAGUGGAUCUUAUUCUUUAUAUCUUGAUGUUGUAAAAAAUUAUGUUAGAAAAAUUUAAGCUUUUCUGGUGAUAGUUAUUACAUACUUUCAACCCACAAAAGUAUUUAGAACAAUCAUCAGUAAAUGUCUCAAGCCAUAUUAAUCUGCUAGUGGGAUAUUUGAAAAGAUAAUGGCCUCAUGCAUAAUUUUUAUUAAUAAAUUUCUUCUUUUGUGAAGCAGAUUUAUGUGGCAUUAGUGUAUUUUUAUGUUAUGGAAAUAUGGCAUAUAAUUUUCUUUACCUUUUUACCAUAGCAUGCGGUGAUGCCAUAUUAUUUUAGAUUUUUUGUCUUCCACACAAAGAUGUGAGAAAUACAAUGUGAGUUAGUACUCUGCACUCCACCUGAGUUAUACACCUAAUUUUUGCCAUUUAAUACACUGCAGUUUACUAUGAGACAGUGUAUAGGUAUUUGUGUGUUUAUACAUAUAUAUGUCUCUCUUUCUGUGUACACAUAUAUAUGUGUAUAUUCAUAUAUAUGUACAUAUAUGUGUGCGUGCGUGUAUCUAUAUAUUGAUAUAUUGAUAUAGAUAUAUAGAUAUUUAUAUAUAUAUAUCUCCUGCCAUAAUGGUAAAGAACUGACAGAUAUAUUUAAGAAUUAAUAAAUUUGUGAUUUAUGCUGAUAUUUGAUGCUUCAUUGUUUUCCUUUGAAAUUGCAGGCUUCAUCAUUCUUUACCUAUCAUUUACUAUCAAAAUGACCAUUAUCAUAAAGGAUUGAAUAUAUUAGGGCUAGGCAACAUGAUUUGAAUUCAGAAUAUUUUGCAUUGAAAUAAUAGUUGUGUUUCGAGUUUAAAACUGGAUAUUCUCUCUUCCCAGAAUUGUUCCUACACUCUUCUAUCCAUUCCAGAAAUAUUUUGAGCACUUCUGUUGUAUUUUACAAGAGUAUCUGUGGUGAUACUCCAGUUUAUGGAUAAAGAAUCCAUGUCAUAGAUCAAGGAUAUCAAACUCGCGUCAUCAUGGCGCCAUCACAUAUCAUGACUUUUUCCCUCUUUGCUAAACCAGGCGUGGGCAGCACAUGAUGCAUCCGGCCCACUGGCCGUGAGUUUGACAGCCCUGUCAUAGAUGACUUUUUUUUAAAAAAAAAAAAACUUGUUUAUUUCAAACAAUUGCUAUUACUUGUGUUAUUAUAAUGUACUGCCAUCUAGUAGGCUAUUUUCUAGUGUUCCAAGAGUUGGUGUCAGAGCACUAUAAGCCUAAGAUGUGGGGCUUUUUUGUUGCUCUGUACUAAUUAUUCUGCACACUUUACUGUAUUAGUGACUUAUACUGGGGUUAAUUUUGCAUCAUAUAAACAAUAUAGAGCAUUUUUCAGUGCUGCA